UGCGACGCCGCCCGCCCUGUUCGCGUUUUCAACCUGUCAUAACAAUUCUACACUAACUCAUUGUUUUCUUCUUACUGACUUUCUUUAAUAUAAAAACAAAAUUUAAUCAAAAAUAUAAUAUUAAUAAGUGAUGUGCAAAAAACGGUUGUUGGCGAUUUAUUCUGUAAGACUGGAUGAUAUUACUAUCAUUUUAGAUGUGAUGCCGUCCACCGUUUACCGUUGAAGCAGUGCCAAACAAACCUUGGACAUUGAAAAUCUUGUAAUGACCAAUACGUGAUUUAAUUAUACAGAUAUGAUUUAUACAAUGAACGUUGUGCCAAUCUUGUUAUUAUUCUUUUCGAUUAUUGGAACCUGUUUUGGUGAAACAAAAGUAAAUUUGACAAAUGAAAUAAAUUUAGUGUCUACAUCACAAACACCGACCACAUUGUUACCCUCCGAGCUUACGCACUCUACUAACGCAAGCGUAAAGCUAUUACAGACUACACUCAGUCAGCCACUCAGUCUAGCUGCUCUGACAACAAAAGAAAACGUUAAAACAACGAACGUUACUACUGAGAGCCCAACCACGAUUCGCAAAGUAACAACUCCAGUGUACGAUAGCACAAAAGGCUUGCUGAAAAGUGCAAGAAGGCAAAAGUUAAACACUACAUCUAGUGCUCUUGGGAGUUCAGUACAUACUUCAACGCGGCUACAAGAUCGCCUAGGGGCUUUAGACUGCGAUCUACCGGUAUUGCCAAGAGAGUCACGUUUGUGGCGAGGCAAUGAGACACACGAGCUUAAUUUACCAGUCACCGAAUGUAUGAGCGGUCGUGAACGCGAGGAGGAGUGUUCUCCAGUUAUCGUGUCAUGGGAGGGAUCUGCUGACAUUCAAAGUGGUGAUAUCCUUAUCGUCCGCAUCGCAUACUUUACUCCAGUUGAUACUUCAGUUCACACCGAUGGUGCAAAUGAAACUACUGACACGAACUCUUCACACAACGACGAUAGAUCACACCAUACUAUACUUCAACCUGCAGUGUAUCAGGUAACGCGGCAAGGUCAUGAACACUGCGAUGUGUCGGAUGGGAUGUUGCUUGACAUUACACCACUUGACGAGAAAGCUGCGAAAAUUUUCACACUUUACGAUAAGGAUCUCACAGAAGGGGUGAAUUUGUUAAUAGUUGUUUCCGAAAACUGGGGAUCCCAUUGCGUCCGAUUAAAAGUAACCGUAAAAUCUGAUAACUGCGGCGAAUCUCAGGACUGUUCUGGAAAAGGGGUUUGCUAUACUAAUGUUUCUAUGGAAGGUUACGAGUGCCAGUGUUGCCUAGGAUACGUUGGGCCGCAUUGUGAAGACAGGGACGUGUGCUAUCCUUCACCAUGUUUGAAUAAUGGCAUAUGUGUCGACCUCACGCAACCUCUAAAUGGCGCAAACUAUCAUUGUUUAUGUCCAUAUGGUUUUACUGGAAGAAAAUGCGAAAAAGAUCCAUGCUAUUCAGGUCCUUGUAUCAAUGGUGGAUCGUGUAUGAGUAUGGCGAUGAAUGGAUCUACAACUUUCCACUGCGCAUGCACUGAACAGUGGACAGGAUCUAACUGCGAACUUCCCGUUACCGGAGGCGCAUGCGCAUCUAACCCGUGCAAUAAGGGUAUUUGUGUUGAACAAAUUGAUAAUGAAAUAAAGGAACAGAAAUAUCGCUGCUUCUGUAAGCCAGGAUAUACAGGCGACCAAUGCGAGUUGGAAUACAAUGAAUGUGAAUCGUCACCUUGUGUGAACGGCGGCACGUGCACCGACCGAGUCGGCGCAUUUGAAUGUUCAUGUGGACGCGGUUAUACAGGCGACACGUGCCAGUUGAAGGUUGAUCUAUGUUCUCCUAAUCCGUGUCCUGCACAACGCUACUGCACGGACCAUGGAAAUAGUUAUUCUUGCGAAUGUCCCAGUGGUUUUGUUGGAGAAGAAUGCCAUAUACCAGCUACAUCGGCUUGCGAUAAUAAUCCUUGUGCUCAUGGCGGUACGUGUUGGAGUGGCGUGGAUUCCUUCUACUGUUCCUGCAGGCCAGGAUAUACUGGGAGACUUUGUGAAGAGGACUUCAUUCUAGAAUCGGUUGUGGAUGGUGAGAGUGAGUUAGGAGCGGCCUCCCGCGGUAGCGGUGGUUCUGUGCGCGAACUGCACCUGCCGCUCGGUCUCUACCACGACCGUCUGCACAAUGUCUACAUCGCGGCGGGAACCCUCGGUGCGGCUAUAGCUAUUGUUGGUGUUGUGGUGACAGCAUGUCACUGUCGAGUCAACAAGACAUACUCACGUCUGCUAUCCCGCUUGUCCCGCGCGUCGGAAGCGGGUCCGCCGCACCACUGGCUGCAGGACAAGCGCGCCCCAUCUGCACCCUUUCACCCGCCCGCCGCGCUCGACACCACCGACAUGUACUACACCCUCGACUUCAGUGAUAGCCAGAGCUCCCCGCUUAUACAAUAGCCAUCACUUGCGAACUGUUCCGACGGGGAACGGUUCAAAAUACAAAUAUAAAUGUCAAACGGUCGGAGAAUUGGAUUUGACGUUUCGACAUAAAGCAAUAAUUCGAUGGUCGUUUGGAAUAUUUUAAUGUUUAAAAUCAUUCGAGCCAUUAGAUAGGCUCCAUUCAAUGUACAAGAUGGAAAUUCUAAAAACAUGUUAUAGAUGUGAAAUAUUUUGAAGUCCUAUAAAUGUUAGUGCUGAUAUGUUUUUAAGAGCAAUAUCUACACGAACCUUUAAAUGAACCGACAGUAAAGUUAUUAUUUUAGUCUGUGAUUAUAGUAAUCAUGCUACAUAAAAGCUCAAUAAAUUGUUGCUUGAAAUGCUUCUAGCGAUGUAGCGAAGCCAUUAAUAUGGAGUGAGCUUGUGUGUGAGUAGAGUGGAGCUUGAAAAUAUAAGGAUAGAACGUUCUGACUUUGAUGUAAUUUUAGAAUAUUUAGCAAAUUAAUUUACGAUUUAAAUGAAAGUUCUUUUCAAUAUGUGUCGUGUUCGACUUUUACAUAUAUUUUUAAUGUAAAACACAUAAGUAUUUUAACAUUUUUAAGUACAGGCUUCGACGUACGAUAACAACCUUUAGUAAUAGAGCUGCUUAUGAGAUUAAAAUCAAAAUUCCAUAGAACUAAUGAGUGCAAAGUUUAAUAGUUUAUUCUUGUGAUUUGUAAUAGAGAGGUGGAAUAUAAUUAAUAAGUAAAAUACAUGUCUAGUUCUGUUUUGUUUUUCUUAUAUUCGUUUAUUAUUAAUGGACAAUUGAAGUGCCUGCAUAAUACUGAAAUAUUUGGGCUUAUCGCACCUAAAUAUUGUAUGUGUUUAUAUACGUAGACGGUGGUACAGAUAUUUGUGUACAUCUUAGUAACUGUCCACUAAGAACGCACAAAGUAUAUAUUACAUCGUAAUAUAAUAGUUAAAAGAUAUUAAAGAUUGAUAAUUUUUUAUAUUUUCUAUGUAAAAAUCGAUUCAUCUUUGAAAAUGAUUUCUUAGUGGAUAGUAAUCGAAACGAAAUGACUGACCUUCAGCAUAGAUGCUUUUACUGAACUUAUCUUAAAAUCUUUUUCAGGUUUUCUUCUUAGUCUAGAUUUAAGAAAAUUCUACCUUUUUCUUUAUUCACUCAUAGAUUCCAAAGAAUAGAUCAGAUUUGUCAAAUAUCUUCAUCUUUAUGCUUUUGUGGACUAAAGCUUAUUAA